AUGUUGUCGAUUCGAUGGCCCUUUCUUCUGUGUGGAUUCCAACUGUGCGGAGCGAGUUGCAAAGGUGGCGUCGGUGAGGGUAAUCGAAAACGACUUGAAGGUCUAGAAAGCUGCAGCAUUCAUCACGUUCCACCACCACCUCAUUUCCAAUCCAACUACUGGAGGUCGUGGCAAGAAGGAGUGGACAACUCAGUCCAAGGAACCACUCACAUGCAUGAAUCUACACAUUUUGACGUCGCCAACUCAUUGGCACUCUCACCAGUAGAACCUGCUUCACUAUGUUCGUACGGCCGCCCUGCAGAAAACACGAAUGGCAGCAUUCAUCGUUCCCCAUCACCACCACCUUACUUCCAACCCAACUACUGGAGGCCGUGGCAAAAAGGAGAGACCUCCUCAGUCCAAAAAAUUGCUCAUACGCAUGGAUCUACACAUUUCGAGACCGCUAAUUCGAUGCCACCCUUGCCAUUAGAACCUGCUCCACAGUCCUCGCACAACCUCCUUGCAGAACGCACGAAGAAGAGCGCUCAUCGUUUCCCACCAAGAGCCUCCGUCCAACCCACUUGGAAGUCGCGGGAAGAAGUCCACUCAUUCCGAGGAAACACUCAUGCGAAAGCAUCUUCAGAUUUCGAGAGCGUUGAUUCAUUGGCACAUUGGGCAGUAAAACCUGCCCCACUCUGUUCACCCCAUCGUCACGUGGAGCGCGCGAAGAAGAGCCCUCGUCGUUUUCCACCGAGAGCGUCCGUCCAAUCCAAUUGGAAUUUGUGGCAAGAAGUUGACUCAUUUCGAGGGAACACUCAUACGCAAGCAUCUUCACAUUUCGAGAGCGCUGAUUCAUUGGCACCUUUGGGAGUAGAACAUGCUCCACUUUGUUCACACCAUCGCCACGUGGAGUGCCCGAAAUAUGCUUUCAAGAAGAAUUUUCUACAUGAGAGCGCAAAACAUUUGAUUUUGACAAUUCUAGCGCAUGUAGAUUGGUCAGAAAAGGGAACCGGUCCAGGAUGGGUGUUGUUCGCAGAAAUUCUAGCAGCAUUCAUCAUUUUCUUCCAAGACCUCUCGUCCAACACAACUGGGGACUGUGGCAGGAAGAAGAGUGUUUCGAUUCCUACGACUGCUGCAUCUGUCUUCGAACCUACACAGUGGUGGAAUCCUUCAGUUUGCUCCCUCCCAAGAGAGGACCCAUCCCAAGAUAAAUGUUUGCUCCCACUUCGCCAGCGGCCGCAAAGAUAA